GUGCUCGUUCUAGGACCGCCGCGCGCUGCUUCCUCCCGCAGAGACGCGCCAGCGCACGGACGGAGAGCAGCGGCUGCGGCGCUGUAGCAUUAGCAUUAGCUUCUUCUUCACCUCCUCCUUCCUCCUCUUCGUGCCUCUCUUUCCUCGGCCGCUCGGGGGGAGAGACUCGGGGCUCAGUCGCUCGACCCGCAGCACUGAACGUGCCUAGCAGACACGGAGGCUCGCGCAUUGUUUUUCCUGAGCCGCUCCUGCAACAACCAGACGAUGUCCGACGCCGCUAGCGCUCCUCCCGCAGACAGCAGCGGAGACUCCGGGCUGAACGGGUCCUGGGUGGAGCUGGAGAUGAACAGAGUUGCGGCUAGCUUGGCCCAGUCGUCCUCCACAGGCGUCUUGGCCCCGGCCCUGCUGCCCCUUCCGGAGGUGGAGGAAGAGGAGGCCAUGGUGGGGGGGCUUGAGCACGUCCCGUCCUCGUCCUCGAUCCACAACGGAGACAUGGAGAAAAUCCUGUUGGACGCCCAGCACGAGUCAAGCCGCAGCAACUCCUCGUGUGACAGCCCGCCGCGACCUCACAGUCCCCAGGACGACGGACAGAUCAUCUUCGACGUGGACGUGACCAGCAGGAGAGACAGCCAAGUAAGCGCCUCCCGGGCUCUCCAUCAGUCUGUUGCAGUAGCAACCCUGUCUGCUGGCGCUGAAAUGUCAGAAGAGGACGUCUCGGACAAGGAGAGGGACAUGGACAUCCUGAUGAAGGACGCAGAUUGGGUCGCGGAUUGGUCCAGUCGACCGGAGAACAACCCCCCCAAGGAGUUUCACUUCCGUCAUCCUCGCCGCUCAGUAACGCUCAGCAUGAGGAAGACCGGGGCCAUGAAGAAAGGAGGCGUCUUCUCUGCCGAGUUCCUCAAAGUCUUCAUCCCCUCACUGCUGCUAUCACACAUCCUCGCUCUGGGGCUGGGAGUCUACAUUGGAAAGAGGUUGACCACGCCCCCGGCCGGCUCCUUCUGAGGCUCGGACUGAAGAGAAGUGCCUGACGUGUGGCCAUGAGAUUGUUUUUUUUUCGGGGAGGGGAGAAAGUUUUGCAGUCGUGAAAAGAACGAACGCCCGUCUUUCCUCCCUCUGUCCCGCCUGCUCCCCCUCCCCCUCCUCCUCGAGAUAUGACAUGAUCCCUCCCUCCCCGCCCCUCUUCGGCUGUUCUCUGACUCUGGAUACCCCCUCCCUCCUCUGCCCCCCUCCCCUCCCCUCCUUUAUAUCCUUCAACCAUUUGUAUAAGCUUUUCGAUGAAUGAAUAAGGUCGUAUUUCCCGUGUUCAGAUGUUUUUAAUGGGUGGGUUUCCAGGGAGGGUUCGCAGCAUUUUAUCAAACUCUUCCACGACACACGCUGACCCAUCGAUCAUCUGACAAGGAGGGAUGAUCAUCCAGAUUCAGGACUGACCACAGAUUGUGCCACAAGUCGCCCGACGCUCCAACCCCAAGAAAAAGGGGUUUGAGCAAAUUCAUUGAGUCGACAAACCGAAAAUGUGAUCACGCCUUUUUGAAAGUAGCCAUUUUGUUCAUCUUCUUAAGGUAUUAAUGCCUUAUCUUUUUGUAUUUAUUACACAACAGCGGUGGUUUAUUGAGAAGUUGGAAUGAAAUGGAGUUACCACAGUGGUCGUCACGAACCACAAGCGCUCAUCAAUUUGCACUGGGGCGGGGGGGUGGUCGGCGGCUCUAGAAGAGAGUGAUUUAUACGACACUUCUUUUUUUUUUGACAGAAAUUCAAAUAGAUUUGAUUCUGCAGCCAAAGUGACAAAAACUGGAAUCCAGUGUGUGUCCCUCUCAGUGUGGGUACUAACAGUAUUGUGUGGUUGGGUUUUUGGGUAACGGAGAUGUUUGGUCCAGAAGAGGUUCAGUCGCUUGUUCAAGUGAGACGUUUGGUCCGAGCCGCUCGCUUCCGUCGUUCUUUUACUCCACGUCGGGCUGGAUGUUACUGAGCUGUGUUCUUUUCACUAAGAUUUUAAAACAUUAGAAAGGAUUCGAUCCCUCAAAGUUUGAAAAUGUGAGAUAAACACGACAGACUCGAUAGACCAGACUGGGUUCAAACAAUAUUUGAUUUGGAUUUGUCUUGAAAUCCACCAGCAGCCUGUGAGAGACAGAGAGACAGGGUGUAAUUAAUAUAUGAGAGCAUUAUUUCUUUUGACUUAAAUUUUAGUUCCAGUUGUGAAGCCCAACAUGACAAAUUCUGGAUGGACAUUUUCCUUGUCCCCUUAUUUAAAUAAACAAGCAUUUUAUUGUCAAAGUUUCAAGAGAAGACAAAAAUGCUAACGAAACCUCAGACUGCUGCAGGAACAUGUUUAGUUCAUUGUCAGAACUCGAUCUGGAAGCUUGAGAUGUAAGAACCGACUCGUCAACAGCCGCCUGAUGCGUUAUAGUGACACGUGGUGACCCUGCAGGCCGACUCAAGGCGGGCGGCCAUUUCUAAUAAAAGGCCCUUUAUCAACCAGCAGUGACCAUUUGGGGGCGAUUACCCUUCUCUCGUCUUCUCCAUUUCAGCCGCAGAGAUACUGCUCUUUUUGGGGGGUGUUGUUCUUUUCAUGUGCGACACCAAUGUUUCUGUCUGUGUUCGUACGUGCAGCAUCUGGAAUUGUGAGUUUUAGUUUCUCCUGAGCUCGUGAAUGCACAGAGCGGGAGCCGGGACACGUUUUGAGAAAAAAUAAGGUGUGAAGAUCACAAACCCCUGAUUGAUGGCAGGGCCUGAUGUGAAUAGGAAAUGAAGGUGCGGAGAGACAAGUGUUUGUAAUGAUGCAUUUGCUUUGAUUUUCUUUUUCCCAUAACGAUGAAAAAAAGAUAAAACAUUUUGUCAUUAAACGUAACCUGAAGCUA